CCCCUCCUCCCUCUCUAGCCGACUCCCCCUCCCCCGAAUCCCUCCCCCCUCCUCCUCUCCUCUCCUCCCUCUAUCCCCUUUCCCUCCCUUCCUCCCUAGCUCUCCCUCUCAGUCCCCAGCUCAUCCCUCUCUCUCUCCCUCUCUCUCUCCCUCUGUCGGGCGGAGUCGCCCACCACUGCCAAUACAGUGCUGAGGGAACCUGCUCUAGGCUGUAGCUGCAGGACCCUGACCCCCUCCAUGGCUACCCUGGCCUUGGUGGGGUUUGCACUCCUCCUGGGGACUCCCCCAUGCUCAGGGGCAGCCACCCCGACCCCCUCCCUGCCGCCUCCCCCAGCCAACGACAGCGAUGCCAGCAGCAUGGGGGGCUGCCAGGGCUCCAACCGCUGCCAGCCAGGGGUCCUGCUGCCCGUUUGGGAGCCCGAUGACCCGUCGCUGGGGGACAAAGCAGCGCGGGCCGUGGUCUACUUUGUGGCCAUGGUCUACAUGUUCCUGGGUGUAUCCAUCAUUGCCGACCGCUUCAUGGCAUCCAUCGAGGUCAUCACGUCCAAGGAGAAAGAGAUCACUAUCACUAAGUCCAACGGCGAGACCAGCGUGGGCACCGUCCGCAUCUGGAAUGAGACUGUGUCCAACCUCACACUCAUGGCCCUGGGCUCCUCGGCCCCUGAGAUCCUGCUGUCUGUUAUUGAGGUCUGCGGCCACAACUUCCAGGCGGGCGAGCUGGGUCCGGGCACCAUCGUGGGCAGCGCUGCCUUCAACAUGUUUGUGGUCAUUGCCGUGUGCAUCUACGUCAUCCCAGCCGGUGAGAGCCGCAAGAUCAAGCACCUGAGAGUCUUCUUUGUCACCGCUUCUUGGAGUAUCUUCGCCUAUGUCUGGCUUUAUCUCAUCCUUGCCGUCUUUUCCCCGGGUGUGGUCCAGGUGUGGGAGGCGCUGCUGACCCUCGUCUUCUUCCCGGUGUGCGUCGUGUUCGCCUGGAUGGCUGACAAGCGGCUGCUCUUCUACAAGUACGUGUACAAGCGCUACCGCACCGACCCGCGCAGCGGCAUCAUCAUCGGCGCCGAGGGCGACCCCCCCAAGAGCAUCGAGCUGGACGGCACGUUCUUGGGCGCCGAGGCGCCGGGCGAGGUGGGCGGCCUGGGCCCGGGGCCCGCCGAGGCCCGCGAGCUGGACGCCAGCCGCCGCGAGGUCAUCCAGAUCCUCAAGGACCUCAAGCAGAAGCACCCGGACAAGGACCUGGAGCAGCUGGUGGGCAUUGCCAACUACUACGCGCUGCUGCACCAGCAGAAGAGCCGCGCCUUCUACCGCAUCCAGGCCACGCGGCUUAUGACGGGCGCGGGCAACGUGCUGCGGCGACACGCGGUGGACGCUUCGCGCAGGGCCACCUCGGCCGAGGGCCCCGGCGAGGACGAGGACGACGGCGCCAGCCGCAUCUUCUUUGAGCCCAGCCUCUACCACUGCCUGGAGAACUGUGGCUCCGUGCUGCUGUCCGUCACCUGCCAAGGCGGCGAGGGCAACAGCACCUUCUACGUGGACUACCGCACGGAGGACGGCUCCGCCAAGGCCGGCUCCGACUAUGAGUACAGCGAGGGCACGCUGGUGUUCAAGCCGGGCGAGACACUGAAGGAGCUGCGUAUCGGCAUCAUCGACGACGACAUCUUCGAGGAGGACGAGCACUUCUUCGUGCGGCUGCUGAACCUGCGCGUGGGCGACGCGCAGGGCAUGUUCGAGCCCGACGGCGGCGGGCGGCCCAAGGGGCGGCUGGUGGCGCCUCUGCUGGCCACCGUCACCAUCCUGGACGACGACCACGCGGGCAUCUUCUCCUUCCAGGACCGCCUGCUGCACGUGAGCGAGUGCAUGGGCACCGUGGACGUGCGCGUCGUGCGCAGCUCGGGCGCGCGCGGCACCGUGCGCCUCCCCUACCGCACAGUGGACGGGACGGCGCGCGGCGGCGGCGUGCACUACGAGGACGCGUGCGGCGAGCUCGAGUUCGGCGACGACGAGACCAUGAAAACUCUUCAGGUGAAAAUAGUUGAUGAUGAGGAAUAUGAGAAGAAGGAUAAUUUCUUCAUCGAGCUGGGCCAGCCGCAGUGGCUUAAGCGAGGGAUUUCAGCUCUGCUACUCAAUCAAGGGGAUGGGGACAGGAAACUGACGGCUGAGGAGGAAGAGGCCCGGAGGAUAGCAGAAAUGGGCAAGCCGGUUCUUGGGGAAAACUGUCGACUGGAGGUCAUCAUUGAGGAGUCGUAUGAUUUUAAGAACACAGUGGAUAAACUCAUCAAGAAAACGAACUUGGCUUUGGUGAUUGGGACCCAUUCGUGGAGAGAGCAGUUUUUAGAGGCAAUUACGGUGAGCGCAGGGGACGAGGAGGAGGAGGAGGACGGGUCCCGGGAGGAGCGACUGCCCUCAUGCUUUGACUACGUCAUGCACUUCCUGACGGUGUUCUGGAAGGUUCUGUUCGCCUGCGUGCCCCCCACCGAGUACUGCCACGGCUGGGCCUGCUUCGGUGUCUGCAUCCUGGUCAUCGGGCUGCUCACCGCCCUCAUUGGGGACCUCGCCUCCCACUUUGGCUGCACCGUUGGCCUCAAGGAUUCUGUCAACGCUGUCGUCUUCGUGGCCCUGGGCACCUCCAUCCCCGACACGUUCGCCAGCAAGGUGGCGGCGCUGCAGGACCAGUGCGCCGACGCAUCCAUCGGCAACGUGACGGGCUCCAACGCCGUGAACGUGUUCCUGGGCCUGGGCGUGGCCUGGUCGGUGGCCGCUGUGUACUGGGCGGUGCAGGGCCGCCCCUUCGAGGUGCGCACCGGCACGCUGGCUUUCUCCGUCACGCUCUUCACUGUCUUCGCCUUCGUGGGGAUCGCCGUGCUGCUGUACCGGCGCCGGCCGCACAUCGGCGGCGAGCUGGGCGGCCCGCGCGGCCCCAAGCUCGCCACCACCGCGCUCUUCCUGGGUCUCUGGUUCCUCUACAUCCUCUUCGCCAGCCUGGAGGCUUACUGCCACAUCCGGGGCUUCUAGGGUCCUCCCCAGGGACUCGGCCUGCCCCUCGAGACCACCGCCCCCGUGCUGGACUGGCUCUCCUCUGUCCUCCAGAGAUUCAGCCUCCUCUCCUGGGACUCGGCCUCCCUUCCUCCUGGGAAGCCAUCUACCCCUCUCCUCGGUCCCCACUUACAGCCUCCUCCCUUCCCCUCGGGAGCCUCCCCGAGUCCUCCUGCGAACAGCCCCCUCAGUUACCUGCAACUCCAGCCCGUCCGUCCCUGUUCGUUACUGGCUUUGUUACUGGAGCAAUUUCCACCUCGAGGCCCCUCCCCAGAGAACCCUCCCUCAUCCGUAAUCCUCUACAGAGCCUCCAAUGUGUCUCCCUAGACACCCAGCCUUGCUCCAUGCCAUAAGUCCCCCUUCCUCUAGAGGACCGCCUCACCACUUCCACGGACCUGUGCCCCAGGGCCUCAGAACUCAGCCCUGCGGGGGCGGGGGGAGGUGGGGGUGGGCUUGAAGGAGGCUGAUCCAUCCCAGGAGGUCACAGAUCUCAGCCCUUUCCCCCAACCCUCAGGGAGCUCUGUGGGCCUCGGGGGAUGGGGGAGGAACAGAUGGGUAUGUGCACAGGGGGGCACACCUUCCCUGAUUUCUCCACUCAGGCCCUUGGGAGGACACUAAUUCUCAAGGCUUGGAGAAGGGAGGGGAAUGUUUGGGGUUCCAGAGCUGGAGGAGGCACAUUUUGGACCUGUAACUUCUCACCUUCCAGCACCCUCACUUGCCUCCACUACCUCUGAGAGCCCAGCCACGCCUUGGAGGGGGGGGGGGCUAUGUGUGUACAUAGUGUGUUUGGGGGAGGGGGGACGUGGGAGGGUGCAUGACUUGGGGAAAGGGUGACAGACUUUUCCACUGAGAGGGCAGCAGACUCCCCCAGCCGUGAGAAUUGGCUUUGGCGAGGAGGCCAGGAAUCCAAGGGAGUACAGCCAAUCUCCCCUGACUAUCUAGAAGGCUCAUUUUGCCCUCAGUGCCAGCCAAUCCGGGCAGGACCCUCGAAGAGGAGACCGAGGGUCCCAGAGGACCAAUGCUACAAGCCAGCAAAUGCUGCCACAUCUCUGCCUGAUGGGGAGCAGGGGUGGGUGGGAGGGUGGGACUGGGGCCAGGGGGUCUGGGUGGGCAUUUUUAACUUUGGAGGCCACCUAUCUGUUGGUAGGCCAUGUGCAUUUUCUUACUGUUGAUGUUUCCUGCCCAAAGGACACACUCGGGGUGCGAGGAGUGCUGCCCACUUCUUGGGACCCUGAGGAUGACCCCGCAACCCCCGUAGCACUCUUCUUCCCACAGGUUUUUAGCGUCUUGUCGUCCUGCUGUGCGUCAGCCCCAGCGUCCCGGACCUGUUGCCCACUUGCCUUCUCUACUCCUAGCUCAUCAGCACCAGUCGCUGUCUCUUUUCUUUGUGAUUUCUGUAAAAGUUGCCAUCAAACUUUGAAAUUCUGCCUGGACAAACAGCCUCCCCGUGGGAAGUUGGGAUUCACGAGGGGAGGGCUAAUGAAGUCUUUGAUGGAGAUUUGGGCAACUGUGAAAUACACCAAAUAAUCUGGGUUUUUCCAUGCUCCCCUCAUCCUCUGCCAGGACACACCAGCAUGCACCAGCCACUCUGAAGAUCAGCCCGAAGCUCCCCCUAGCCACACCCCCACUCAUUACCCAGGAGCUACACUAGCUCCUCAUCCAUCACCCAGUAGCUUCCCUAGCCACGCCCCCAUUCCCUCAGCCACAAACUAUUCCGCGUCAUAGGGUAUCCUGGGAACGCAGAAGAGAAGGACCCUGAGUCGCCUGAGCAGGAGAGCCGGGGUUGAUGCGGGUUUCCUAAAGAAAGCAGGUAACUGUCUCAGAGGAGGUGUGUGUGUGUGUGUGUGUGUGUGUGUGUGUGUGUGUCCAGAUAAAGGGAACAGCCUAUGUAAAGGUGUGCAGCCUUGUGAGUUAAUGACUUUUUCAUAGUCUUACAGGUGGUUGAAUCCUGCAAGCAAGAAUGGAGUGUGGGCACGUGGGGAGUGGGGAGUGGAUCUGGGAGGGGGUGGACAGUGUGGACAGUUUCCAGCCCAGAGAGUGAGGUCUCCCCGGGUCUUGGGGGACCAAGUUGGGGGCAAGUAGAAAGAACAGGUUUGAAGGAUAUGCUGGAUUCAGGUGAGUACAUGCCGAACGUGAGAUGCCUGUGGGACAUCCAGAGGAGAUGUCAGGGUGGGGAGACAGCCAGGGGACACCUGGAGCUCAGUAGAGGAGGCUGCACUUGAGAGAGAUUUGGGAUUUGUUGGCAAUGAGGUGUCACCGAGCCGCAGGAGGGGUUGGGCUGCCCGGGGCGUGGGUAGUGUGAGAAGAAAGCAGUGCCUUGAGGAGCCCCAGUGUCUAAGGGGCACGUGGAAGGUGGGAGACCUGUCGAUGGAGAAGAAGCCAGAGAAGUAGGUGGGAAGGCAGGAAACUGGGGCACCUGAAGCCGAGAGAAGUUUCCAGAAUGAAGGUGUGGUCAACAGGACCCAAGGCCAUGGAGAGGUGGCGGAAGAUGAGAACUUAGAGGCUACCCUUGGGUUUAGGUUUUGAUGUGAGCAGUUAGGGGGAGGGUGUGGGGGCAGAAGUCAGGCUGAUCUACAGUGAGGAGGGGGUGGAAGUUGGGGAAACUGAGUCAGAGCACGUAGACCUCGCUUUGGAGAAUCUUGAGAGACAGGGAGGAAGCUACGGGACCUGAGAGGGCUUUUCCUGCAAGGUGGGGAGACGUGUGAAGCAGGAGGGCACUGAAUGCAAGGGGGCUGAAGCUCUUGAGAACAGUGCCAACGGCAGCGGGCAGUUAGGGAGCACCCACGAUGCCGGCACUGUGCUGGGCUUCCCAGGGCACAGCCUCGUCCAGUCCCCUGCCAGUCCCCGGAGUACCCCCCUUCUACCAGUGAGGAAACUGAGGCUCAGAGAGGCGAAGCAACUUGCCCCGAGUCUCACAGCGAGGAAGGACAGAGAUGGAAGAGGAUGACAUCCAGGGUGCAGAACGGGACCAGGACACUUGUAUUUUGCCAGACGUGAAUGGGGAAAGGUGUGAGUCUGGGGGCAGGGAGAGGAGUGAGGGCUCAGCUUCCAAGAGGGGCGUCUCCAGAGCUUGGGUUGUGGACGAGACAAGGAACAGUACAAAUGCCCCUUCAUCCCACCCCAGAUGCCAUGAUCCUCACCGGGAUGCAAGGCGAUCCGAGGGGCAGCUUGGGAGUGAUUUGAAUUAUUUGUCAUGGGACGCAGCAUAACAUAAAGAUUUACUUUCUGGGUGCUUCAGUUCCCUCAUCUGGAAAAUGGGGAUAAUAAUAAUAAUAGGAACUGAUAGUACCUGUCUCACAGGAUUGUUGUAUUAAACAUAUACAUAUAUAUUUUUAGAAUAACACCUGGCACAUAGAAAGAGCUUAACACAUGGGACUAGUUAUAUUUUCCAAGUAUUCCCCCCUUGCUUACUUACACACACACUCCUGGAACAGACAGCCUCAGAAGGACAGAGAAAUGCAGAUUCUCCAUGAACUGCUUUGCCACCUGAGUCCCAGUUGCUAAGUCACCAAACCCAGGGGACGAGAAUUAGCCAAGGGGGAGUAUUCCUUCCUCUCUCUCCAGACCCUGGGUUUCUUUAAUUCACUUUUCCAUUGGGUGCCCGCCCUGUGUCUGGCGCUGUGCUGGAGACACUGCAGUGACCACAAUGUCUCUGGGCCCUGUUCUCCCAAGGCUUACACAGUAGUGGCGGGACAUACGCCAAACAGGGUGCCAGAGGUGGUGAUCACAGUGGGACUGGUGAGGGCAAGAACUCUGUAGCGAGGCACAGCAGGACACUCAUGGCACUGAACUGGGUGACUUAGGCAAGUGUAAAAGGGGAUAUUAACGAGGCUGUGCAGAGUGCAGGGAAACAGACAAGGGGUGGUGGGGCACCCUGCGGCUAGCAGAGGUGGGAGGGGAGCUAUUACUACCCCUAGCCUGCUGGGCAAUAGAAGGGGGGUGAUUUCCAGAACCGGAAGAGGGUGGGUGUAUGUAAGUCCUCGUAAGAGCUUCCUAAUCAGAUUUUUAUUAAUAGCAGUUAGAUAUGGGUUUAGAUGUGAAUAACAAGGAUCCAAAAUAAUAGUGGUUUAAAUAAGAUAAGAGUUUAUUUAUUUCUUAUGCAACAGUUCACGUCUGGCAUGGCACCCCUAUUUCAGGGGGGCAGUACAGAACCUGCUUCUACCUUGUUGCUCUGAUGUAGCUAGGAUAUGACCCUCAUCUGUUUAGUCCAGGAUGGUGCACCUCCAUGUCAUCAUCCUCCAACCAGAAGGAUGGAGAGGGAAGGACAGGUCCCGGAUCCACCGUCCUCUGUAAGGCUUUGACCCAGGAGUUCCACUUAACGAUUCCUGCUACGUCUCAGUGUCCAGACCUGAAUCAUCUGGCCACACUGAGCUGCAAGAAGAGCUGGGGGAAAAGUAGUUUUAAUUCUGAGUCAUUAUGCUAAAAAUUAUAGAGAAUUUUUAAGGAAAAGUGGGAAAUUGGAGGUUAUCAGGCAAUGAACAGUCUCUUCUGCAAAAAGGUUUGAGGGAACUCACAGAGCUGAUGCUCCAAAAACCAAUCAGAAUGUGGGUACUGGAUGAAACCACUGAAAUUGAUGCCAAGGGGCCCUAGAUCCUCUGCAACAUCUGUUCUGGGAUCCAGGCCUGAGCCUCUAACCUUCCCCAAAUUCUGAAAUGCACAUUUCCUCUGCUUCAUCUUUCUAACAGUUUCCCAAGUUCUUAAUCGAUUUCCUCCAACUAAAUCUUCAGCUUAAAACCUCCCCCGACUCCCCCGAUUUCCUCGCUUGCCUUCCUGUGACACUCCAUGCAUCCUGUUCUGGGUAUCUGUUGCUACAUAACAACCAUCCAAAACUUAGUGGCUUAAAAUGACAAGUUAUUGUCUCUCGUGGUUAUGUGGUUGGCUCCAGUUGACUCAGGCUCUACGGGUUGACUUGGGGUCUCUCACGAUUGCAAUCAGCUGUCAGAUGAGCCUACAGUUAUCUGAAGGCAACUCACUAACUCAUAAGAUAACUCAGUCACAUGGCUGACAGUUGAUGCUGGCUGUCAGCUGAAAGCUUAGCUGGGGCUGACAGGAGCCCGUGUCUUUCUUUUUUUCUUUUUUCUUUUUCUUUAGCCCCUGUCUUUCUUGACAAUUUCUCCUUCUCUCUUUUUUUGCAUCUUGUCUGUGCACUGCUGUCUCUCCCCUGACCUGUCUCUUUCCAGAGAUCUCUGUCUCUUUUUGACCCUUUCACCUCUCUCUGUUUCUCUGCUUUGCUUCCUUGAUCUGUAUCUUCCGCCCCCCACACCUUAUCUCUCCGUUUCCAAAUGUCAGUGGCCCCUGCCCGCCGCCCCUGUGUCCGUGUCCCUGUGUGUUUAUGUUAUCUAGUUCUGAGUAACAAACCACCCUGAAACUUGGUGGCUUAAAACAAUGAUUUUAACGAUUCUCUGUGUUGAUGGUGGUGUUGGCUGACGUCAUCGUGUGGCUGCGUUCAUCCUGGAGCUUGGCUGGGGCUCAAAUGUGCAAGGUGCCCUCGUUCAUGGCUGGCAGUGGGUGCUGUCUGUGGGCUGGGCCACCUCACUUCUCCCUGGAGCCCCCCUUCCUCCCCUAGUUGUCUAGACCAACUUCUUUGCAGCAUGGUGGCUGGGUUCCAAGAGAGCCACCGUGGAAGCUGUAAGGCCACGUCUGCCAUAUUCUGUGGGUCAAAGCAAGUCAGAAGAUUCAAGGGGCAGGGUAAUAGACACCACCUCUUGGUGGGUGGAGAGGGCACCCUAGAAGGAGGGGAGGAAUAGUUGGUGGCCAUUCAUGGUAGGCUGAAUAAUAGCCCCCCAAAGAUAUCCACAUCCUAAUUCCCAGAAACUGUGAAUGUGUUCCCUUAUAUGAUAAAACAGGGUUUUGCAGGUGUGAUUACAUUAAUGAUCUUGAGAUGGGGAGAUGAUCCUGGAUCACAUGGAUCCUUAGAAGAGGGAGGCAAAGAGGAGAUCAUACUACACACAGAGGAGGAGGCCAUGGGAAGACGGGGCAGAGAUUUGAGGAUGCUGGCCUUGAAGAUUGGAGCAAUGUGGCUACAAGCCAAGGAAUGCCACAGCCCCCAGAAGCUGGAAGAGGCAAGGAACUGAUUCUCCCCUAGUGCCUCUGGAGGGAUUGCAGCCCUGCUGACACCUUGAUUUUGGCCAACUGGGACUGAUUUGGGACUUUCAGCUUCCAGAACUGUGAGAGAAUAAAUUUGUGUUAAGUCACUGA